GCUCAAAUAUAAGAUACAUUUGUAAUUAUGUGACGUUUUAUAAACGAAAAGGGAAAAAGUCAGAAAACGUGUGGUUCACAGUUCAAAGGUCAUCGUAGAAGCCAUCGCUCUCCUUGCGUUUGCCGAAAAUGGCUAAACAUCAUCCAGAUUUGAUAUUUUGCAGAAAACAAGCCGGUGUUGCUAUUGGCAGAUUGUGCGAGAAAUGUGAUGGAAAGUGUGUUAUCUGUGAUUCCUACGUACGGCCCUGUACACUAGUGCGUAUCUGUGACGAAUGUAACUACGGAUCCUACCAGGGGCGCUGUGUCAUCUGUGGAGGGCCUGGGGUAUCAGACGCUUACUAUUGCAAAGAGUGUACCAUCCAGGAGAAAGAUCGAGAUGGCUGUCCCAAGAUUGUGAACCUUGGCAGUUCCAAGACAGACUUGUUCUAUGAGAGGAAGAAGUAUGGCUUCAAGAAGAGGUGAAAAUCUGAGGGACCGCAAAUUGCUUUGCUGCAGAUUUUCUGUGAAACUGUUUCUUUAUUAUUUUCUUUUUGUUUUGUAAACAUGUUUUGACAUUGCAAUAAAGCGUUCUUUUUUACAUCA